AUGUAUCAUAUCUGGAUUUGUCAUCCAACUCAAUCUUCCUUUUACAACGAGGAGCCUUCAAGAAUUUCAAAGCUUGAUAAGAACAAACUCACUGAAAUUCCAUGUGGUGUCUUCGAAAAUGUUACUCUGAUGAGAAGCUUAAGUUUGACUGAUAAUCAUCUCUACAUCAUCGCACCAAAAGCUCUGUCUGCAAUUGGAUUGACUACAUUGAGUCUGUUUGGUAACAAGCUCGAAGAAAUCGAUCCGGAGGCGUUUGACAUGCAAGAAUUAGUAUCACUCGAUUUGGAUGAUAACUCAGUCAAGCUUUUGCGACCUGGUGAUUUGAGAAACUUGCCAGAGUUGGAGGCGUUCAGUGUCGAGAAAAAUGAGUUGAAAGAAAUCCCAGAUGGUAUUUUCCACAACACCAAACUCACCUACUUGAAUCUAGCUGCAAACCAGAUUGUUAAAAUUGCGAGUACAGCUUUUGAUGGCAUGUUGGCGCUUACACUGUGGAGGAUUGACUCCAAUAAUCUAACUCAUUGGGAAGAUUGGCUGUCAUCACCGUCUGCUUCUAUUUUUGUCCGUUUUAAUCAGAUUACUGAGAUUUCAGAUGAAGCUUUCAAGAAUUGUUCUCGGUUGUUUAAUUAUUAA